AUGAGUAAACUAUUGCUCACAAUACAAAGAAUGCAAUUAUUACUGAUAUGCAGAGGAUACAGAACCACUUCUACAGCAGCACUUCAAGUGCUUGCUGGUAUACCACCAUUAGACUUACAAGCAGAACGGGAAUCCCUAUUGGCAAGAGUGCUGAGACUAGAUGAGAAUGCAACAUUAUGGAAUCAGAACUAUUAUCACACAGACUAUGAAAAGCACAAACCAGUUCUUUUAGGGCACCCCGCAGACAUAGACUUGUCCGAUAGCAUCCAACUUGUGUACGCAUCUUCAAAAAAGAACAGCUUCAGCCUCUACACGGAUGGAUCCAAAACAGAGCGAGGCGCCGGUAGUGCAUUUUGCGCUUUACAAGGGGAGACUAUUAUUAAAACAUGGAAAAGAAGACUAGAUAUUAGAAAUACAGUCUUUCAGACAGAGGUUGCAGCGCUAAAAGCAGCAAUUAAAUUUGCAGUUUAUUCACUUAGAUUCAGAGCAACAAUCUUCAGUGACUCGGCCUCUAGCCUGGCAGCGAUUAGAGGAAAUAAAAGCAGGAGCUCUUAUGUACAAGAGCUCAAAAAAAUUCUUUUGCAUUGCCCUCCCUCCUUACGUCCACACUUGGUCUGGGUCCCAGCUCAUGUGGGCAUCACAGGCAAUGAAAAGGCAGAUGAGCUUGCCAAAUCGGCAGCAAAUGAUAAAAGCCUGAGAGAAUAUCCUGUGAAACUCCCAACCUCUUAUCUCAAGAGAAGUACUCUUGAAAAUUUAUUAUGCCAGUGGCAGGAAAGGUGGGACUCAGCACCCACGGGUAGAAGGACCUACUCUUUUUUUCCAAAAGUGGGAACUGUAGCAAAAGUCACGAACGGUGCACAGACCCACUUUUUUUCUGGACAUGGACCAUUCCCUACCUAUUUAAAGAGGUUCCACUUAAGCGGAACAGAAUUCUGUGAAUGUGGAGAGGUAGGUGAUCCAAGAUCACUAUCUCUUCCAUUGUGCAUCCACCAAACCUUAUCACCUGAGGAGAACCAAGUGAUUUAUUUUGGCCACAAUGGGCAGAAACAAUCUGCAAGAAUAGUAUUGCUAAACGCAAAUUGA